CUUGCCUUCUCUGCCUAUAGACCAUCUCUGAGGUCAGUGUCUCCGUCUCCGUCUCCGUCUCCGGCCGCCUUCGCCUUCUCUCGCCGCCCCCGAGACCCUAGCUAAGGCGGACGAACCACGACGCGCGCUCUUCCGGGAGACCCUGGGCAGGGGAGGGGAGAUGGCCGAGUUUCUCUUCGAGGACAUCUUCACCGUGACCAGGCUCGACCCCGAUGGCAAGAAGUUCGACAGAGUUUCUCGUAUCGAAGCUCGCAAUGAGCAGCUGAAUGUGUAUAUGCAAUUAGAUGUUGCCACAGAUGUCUAUCCUAUGCAUCCUGGUGACAAAUUUACCAUGGUCUUGGUUCCUACGCUGAAUUUGGACGGUACCCCAGAUACUGGCUUCUUUACACAGGCUGGCAGGAAAACUCUGGCUGACAAGUAUGAGUAUGUCAUGCAUGGGAAGCUUUAUAAGAUCUCAGAAGACAAAGAGACCUCUGGUCAAAACGCUAAAGUGGAGAUGUAUGCGUCAUUCGGUGGCCUCCUAAUGAUGCUUAAGGGUGAUCCAUCCAGUGCUGCAAACUUUGAGCUGGACCAGAGGUUGUUCCUACUUAUGCGCAAGGUGUAGAACUGCUUACAAAAAUGUGUGAACUUUAUAAUUUGGUGGUUCUCCAUGUGUCGUUAACGCUGUUCUCAUUUGCGGAUGAUGGGAUUUUACUUCUAGUUUAGAAGCUUAUCCUAAGUAAAUCAUACAAAUCUUCCUCAGUGGCAUUGCGGUUUGCCUGGGAGUGGUUUCUAAA